ACGGCGUACCUAUUUUGUAACGACAAACAUGUGAGAAAGAUAUCACUCCAUUUUCGCUGAAGUUCAGUGUUAGAGUAAUAUGGCUACCUUAGCUGAAGAAUUAUUGUGGCUUACAAAACCAUCGCCAGCGAAGAUAGAUCUAGAAAGCUUUGACGACGAUUUUAGCGCUUUACUUGUGGAAAAAGAUCAAGUUGAUGAGAAUGUCGAAGUAAAUAAGAGUAAUUUCAGAGCAAAAACUGACGUUUUAUUGGCUGAUAAAGAUACAAGGUACGCUGGAGAGACAGUGUCAAGAAAAGAUGUUAAUGAAGAAGAUAGCGAUGACCCGCUGACAGAUGAUGGCUCAGAAGAAGUUGAUGUCAAUUACAAGAACCAUCUUAAGACCAUGUUAAGUGAAAAAUAUAAUUUGGAUGAUUCAUCAAGUGACGAUGAAUUUAAAGAAUUCAGUGAAAUUGAUGAUAGCGGUUACGAAGCAUCAGCUCAAUGUGAACAGGAUGAGGAGAAUGAAGUUGGAAAAAGUGAACAUGUAGAUGAAGAAGUUGAAGUGACAGAAGAAGAAGAAGUUGAAGGGGACGAGGAAGAUGAAGGGAAGAAGGAGAAAAAGAAGAUGAGAAAGAACAAGAAGAAGAGUUCCCUAUGGGACAGUAUGUUGGAAAAUCGUAUCAGAUUACAAAAGAUGUUGGUUGAUGUUAACAAGUUACCUCAAUGUGAAAUGUACAAAAAGAUAAAUGAAAUUGGUGUCAGUCAGAUUAAGGAUCCACUAUAUAAUACUCAACAAAAAUUAUUAAACUUGCUGCACAAUAUGUUGAUAUUACAACAAUCAUUAUAUGCAAGUAACAAUGAUUUGAUGAAAACAUUGGAGAAGACUGGUGACCAGUCACGUGACCAAGAUGAUGAUGAUGAAGAUAUUCCUAGUGAUGUUGAUGAACAGAGAAGUGAAACCAUCCAUGAUUUAGAGAUUGAUGAAGAGAAAGAUGAUUUCAUAUUACCUAGGAAGAGAAAGUUAAAUAUGACUUUGGAAGAUUAUUCUUCACAAAUAACAAAACGUCAUUCAGCAUUUCAACGUUUUCAAGACUCGACAAUUGAAAAAUGGAAUGAAAAAACGCAACUUGCUGCAGGGAAAGUUAGCAGUAAGUCAUUUAGUACAUUUGAAAGAUCAACUUUAAACCAAAUACGACAGAUUCUCAAGGAUAAAGAUAGACUCAUCAAAAGAACUCAACUAAAGAGAAGUUCGUACAGAGUUUUAGGAAAAUUUGAAGAUAAUAUCAAUGAUAAUUCUAUGAACCAACGUGAUGUACAUUUGAAAGAUUACGAUACAGAAGUAUUUGAUGAUGAUGAUUUUUAUCACCAGCUACUUAGAGAAUUUAUCGAAAGAAAAUCUGGUGUUGAUCCUAAUGAUUCAGUUACAAUGGGAAGACAAUGGCUUGAAGUGCAACGUUUAAGAAAUAAAGUAAAAAGAAAGGUUGACACUAAAGCGAGUAAAGGAAGAAGAUUAAGGUACGAUAUACAUUCGAAGCUCGUGAGUUUUAUGGCACCUCAACAAAAAGGAACAAUGACAGAUUCAUCAAGAAACGAAUUAUUUACAUCGUUGUUUGGAAAACGCCAACCAUCAGAAAUUGGUGAUAUUUCUUUAUUCAUGUAAGAAAAUCAUCGUUGGUAUGAAAAAUGACAAUGAAAACAGAUGUAUACAUGCCGGUGAAGAAUAAAUUGAAAGAAAUUUUUAACAUCUCA